GCUUCACUCCUCUGUCUUUCCUGUCCAAUGUCCCACUGAGUAGCUCAUACACGUGUAUGCGUUAGGUUAGAUAUUUUGUUACUUGUAAACGUCCAGUUCCUUGUGUUUCACUGAAACACACAAGCCACCAUGGUGAAGUUAGCAAAGGCAGCGAAUAAGCAGGCAACUCAGAAGAAAAAAGCCCCUCCGCCCCCUAAAGAAGUGGAGGAGGAAUCCAGCGAAGAGGACAGCAGUGAAGAGGAAGAAGAGACUCCUCCACCUAAGGUGGUGAAGAAAGCCACACCAGCAAAAGCGGCACCAGUUAAAAAUGGUGCUGCUGCCAAGAAAGCAGAAAGUGAGGAUGACGACGAUGAUGAUUCAGAGGAGGAGUCUGAAGAAGAGGCCCCCCCACCAAAAAAGGCCCCUGCAAAAGCUAAACCCGCACCAGCCAAGGCAGCUCCUGCAAAGGCUGAGGAGUCUGACGAUGAUGACGACGACGAUGAGGAUGAUGAUGAGUCUGAAGAAGAGGCCCCACCACCCAAGAAAGCAGCUAAACCUGCCAAGGCCCCAGUGAAGGCAGCACCUGCAAAGGAGUCUUCUGAGGAAGAUGACGAUGAGUCAGAAGAAGAGGCCCCACCACCCAAGAAGGCUACUAAAGCAGCUGCCAAACCAGCGGCAAAGGCUGCCAAAGAAGAGUCUGAUGAUGACGACGACGAUGACGAAGACGACUCUGAAGAAGAGAUGGACACCACUCCCGCUCCAAAGGCAAAGAAAGCAGGCAUGGUCAAGGCCAAGGAAGAGUCUGAGGAGGAGGAUGAUGACGAUGAGGAUGAAGAUGAUGACGACGAAGAGGAUGAUGAAGUCCCAGUGACUCCUGCAAAGAGGAAGGCAGACAACAAGAAGGACUCACCUGCUGCCAAGAAAGCAAAGGCAGAAGGCGAAGGUUUCUGUUUAUUUGUUGGAAACUUGAACUCCAACAAAGACUUUGAAGAAAUCAAGGCUUCCCUUAGAAAAUUCUUCUCCAAGAACGAUCUUGAGGUUGCUGAUGUCCGGUUGGGUGGAUCCAAAAAGUUUGGUUAUGUGGACUUUGCCUCUGAGGAGGACAUGCAGAAGGCGCUCGAGCUCAAUGGCAAGAAGGUCAUGGGUCAGGAGUUGAAGUUGGACAGGGCUCGAAGCAAAGACAGCUCACAGGAGGGCAAGAAAGAGCGUGACGCCAGGACACUGUUUGUGAAAAACCUUCCCUUCUCUGCCACGGCUGAUGACCUGAGAGAAGUCUUUGAAGCUGCAGUUGACGUCAGGUUACCACCAGGCCAGAAUGGUUCAAACAGAGGCAUUGCGUACAUCGAGUUCAAAACCGAGGCUGAAGCAGAAAAGAUGCUGGAGGAGGCUCAGGGAGCUGACGUACAGGGGAGGUCCAUCAUGGUUGACUAUGUUGGAGAUAAGAGCCAAAAAGGGGCCAAUGUGGCAGCAUCAGGAGCAGCCAGCAAAACACUGGUGGUGAAUAAUCUGGCCUUCAGUGCCACAGAGGAUGUUCUACAGUCCACGUUUGAGAAGGCUGUCUCUAUUAGGAUUCCACAGAGAGAUGGCCGACCUAAAGGUUUUGCUUUUGUAGAGUUUGAGAGUGUAGAAGAUGCAAAGGACGCUUUGGAAAACCUCAACAACUCGGACAUUGAAGGCCGGUCGAUCCGACUGGAGUACAGCCAGAACAGCGGCAGAGACGGCGGCAGGGGAAACUCUGGGCCAACAAAAACACUCUUUGUCAAGGGACUGUCGGAGGACACAACAGACCAGACCCUUAAGGAGGCAUUUGAGGGCGCCGCAGCAGCCAGGAUAGUCACAGACAGAGACACAGGCUCAUCAAAGGGCUUUGGCUUCGUGGACUUCCACAGCGAGGAUGACUGCAAGGCAGCCAAGGAGGCCAUGGAGGACGGCGAGAUCGACGGCAGCAAAGUAACCCUGGACUACGCCAAGCCCAAGGGUGAAGGCGGUUUCCGCGGAGGUCGAGGCGGCGGCGGAUUUGGCGGCCGGGGUGGCGGCAGAGGAGGUCGUGGCGGUUUCGGCGGCGGCUUCGGUGGCGGUUUCGGCGGCCGUGGUGGCGGCGGCAGAGGAAGGGGAGGCCCCCGUGGAGGUCGAGGCGGACGUGGCGGCUUUGGAGGUGGAAGAGGCGGCGGUGGUUUCGGAGCCAAACCCCAGGGGAAGAAGAUCAAGUUUGAUGACUAAAUCCUUAGUCUAUUUUACUUUUUCAAUGGACUCUGGUUUCAUCAGUUUUCAGAGCUUUUGGACAUUCCAGAAAGCGUCAUUGACAUAUAUUUAACUGUUAACGGGCAUUUUAGCCCUUUAUUUAGACCCCUCAAACCUUCCCCACCCUUUGUGCCGACAUGGUACUGACCUUCUCAGCUCAAAUACUGAAUGUCCUGAAUGCAGACCUGCACCUCGCCCUCAUAGCUCACUUGGUUUUGGAAGGAGUAAAAUGGAACGGGUCUGGCAAACAAGUGUGCUGUGAACAAUUGUCUUUGUCAGAUACAUUGUGUAAAUUUAAACCGUUUGUAUAAUUUUCAUUUUACCUUUUGUAAAAAAAAAAAAGAGAAAAUUACACUUGUAUCCAUAUGUUUUUUUUCUGUUUUUAUUUUGUCAUUUAGUUUGCUUUAGGUGCCAAGUUUUACUGUAAUGUGCAAAGCAUAUUUUGAUAGAAGAUUUGAGUCGGCGUUGAAGAGUUGGGUGUUAAGAAAAUGAAAUGACAAGGAUGUUCUGUCAUGUUUGUUUGGUGGGGCACAGUCAGUGUCUGAGUCAUAGAGGAUGAACAACCUCUUGUCUAUGUAACAUAAAAUAUUUGUAGUGCAUUGACUAAUUUUUUCCCCAUCUGAGAAUCUGAAGAUUUUCAUGAUUAAAUAAAACCUUGUAGGUGGUGAUUUUUAAA